AUGGACCCGGUACCGCAAGCAUCCUCCGUUCAGCCCCGCCGCGUUGCGUUCAAAGUUGCCAUCCUCAACUCAGGAUUCCUUAUGACCCCAGAGCACCUUGAGGUCAUCUGUGUAUGCCAUGAGGUGCCAGAGCGCAAGACGAAAGGCGCCUUGCGCGCGUUCAACGACUACCUCUUGUCUAAACCGGAGACUAAGGGGCUUGUCGUCACCACGACCAGGUCGCGAAACUACGUCUUCAUCCAAACCACUGCAGUCGUCUUUGAGCAGGAGGUUUACAAUCGCGUAGUCGGGAGCUUGCUGGCCAGGGGGCAUAAGCAAUAUUUCCAGAGGCUCACGCCCUGGGUGACUAGAACGAUCAUGGAGAAUCAUCCGCGCAUAUUCAACGUCGAUAAGAUCUUCAACUCUGACGCUGAGUCGGAUGUCGAGGACGACAGCGAAGAUCUUGACCACUUUGAUCCCGCGGACGUGCCCUGGGUGGUGCGCGCUUGGGACAACUUGAGCAGUAAGCCACUGCCUGACAAUAUCAAGGCCAGCGUCGAAAGACUUUGCAAGGCUCAAUGGAGGAAGCUCAAAGGACAACCUCCUGCGCCAUCCUCCGUGGAUAUGAGGCACGGUCAAGUUUUUGAGAUGGAGAUGUCGGAGGAGGACCAGGUUCUGCUCCAUGCCGAUAUGCCCGGAACGGUGUCAAACACGCCGAACUCUUCGACGGCCGUAAAGAACAGCGCCUAG